ACUAUGGUUCAUCAAACCAGAACUUUCUACCUCCCUUCCUAAAAGCACAAAAUUUCAUUUUUUUCUCCCUUUAUAAUCUCGACGAAAAAAGAAGUUACAUAUAUAAAAAACUAUACUAGAAAACAAAAACACUCUUGUCAGACAUCUAGAGCUUUGAAUCAUGGAAGUUAACGGUGGAGAAGAUCAAUACGAAGAAGCAUCAGAGUGGUUUGUAAAGUAUUUAAAUCGUCAAGGUGAUUGGUUAGAAAAGACACGAGGAAAUCUUAUGGUUGCAGCGACAGUUAUAGCUGGUAUGAGUUUCCAAGUUAUGGUUAAUCCUCCUGGUGGUGUAUGGCAGAGUGAUAUUUGUUCUUCCGGUGAUCAAACCGGUACCGCACCGGUUUGUAAGGCAAAAGCGGGAACUUCGGUAUUGGAGCACGACAGUUCGAAACGUGGGCUCUAUCUUGGAAUGGUUAUUAGCAGUACAGUUUCGUUUUCUGCCUCCAUGAGCCUCAUUCUACUUGUCAUCAGUGGAUUACGGCUCAGGAACCGGAUGAUAAUGGCGAUCCUUGUGACAUUUAUGGUACUAGCGGUUCUCUGCAUAUCGGCGGCGUUUUUCUUCGCUGUCGCAUUGGUUCAGUAUGACGAUGAUAAAAUCAUAUAUAUACUAAUGGUUUAUGUGGGAUUUUGGGUCGUGUUUCCUGUUAUAAUACUUGUAAGCCAACUAGUUCGGUUUUUAGGUUGGCUUAUUUGUUUCAUAUGUUGUUGUUGUUGUCCACGUCGACGGCGGUCCCCUCGAGGGCUGCUGCCAAUGACUCCAUCUCCCGCCCGUUAACGAAGAAGAGGAGCAUGUGGCUCAAACCCACAUAUGAAAUAGAAGUACGGUGUUACUAGUGCGACCACUACAAUAAAAGUCUCCCAUGCAUGUCCAUUAUUAUAAGGUUUAUAUAAGGCUGUCACUUGAUUGUAUGGGGUUUUGUCUUGUUAAAUUAGUACUAUAUUCUUUGAUUA